GAGGCUAAAAGUGAAUUUGACGGUAGUUUUGAAGAAGAGAUAACAACUGAAACUGUUGAAGAAUCCGAGAGUAAUCCGAUAACAAGUGCUGGACAAAAUGAAGGAAUUCUGCAGGGAAAUGAAGAGAAGAUUCAAGUAGUAGAACAGAGGAGUAAUGAUGCAGGAGGAGGAGGAGGAGGAUACCAGAAGAGGAGGAGCAUAGUGUGGUGGAAGGUGCCAAUACAACUUGUCAAAUACUGUGCUUUUAGAGUUAGCACCCCUGUCUGGACAAUUUCUGUUGCUGCUGCUGUCAUGGCUUUUCUUAUUGUGGGCCGUAGGUUGUAUAAGAUGAAGAAAAAGGCCAAGGCAGCAUUGCAGCUCAAAGUAACUGUUGAUGACAAGAAUAUAUCUCAGUUCACAAGCCGCGCGGCACGUCUUAACGAAGCAUUCUCUAUUGUGAAGCGAGUUCCUGUGAUUCGGCCACAGUUGCCAACGGCUGGAGUCACGCUGUGGCCUGUCAUGAGAUAAGGUGUGUAAUAUUUGUUAUGGAAAAGGGUACGUACAGUUGAAGUUUCUCCGAUUUGAUGUGUUGUUGCUCCUGCGCUUGUAUAAUCUACUAUCUUUAUUGCUCUCUAGACUCUUUAAUCUCAAAGCUAUGUAUAAACUCCAUUAUAGUUACAAAAUGUCUCGUCUCUGUAAGAGUUAUUUUAUUUAGUGUGAUAAGUACUGCAAGGGAAUAUGUAUCUGUUAGGUGAA